UGGCUAAAGUACAUGAAUUAGAUCGAUCUGGGGCUCACAUGUGGGACUGAGCAUCGUGUAAUGAGGACGAAGCAAUUCCAACGAAGCAGUCUUUUAAUUAUAGAGAUAAUUGAUUGCCUUUGAAAUAGGAAUGUGUGAUCGAGCCAUUUUGAACAUUCGCAAUUGACAAAAUCCUUGAAAGAAUGAGCGUUUUGAAAGUUGCGACGAAUGCUUUACUGAGCAGCGUUCGCUCCCAGAAGUGGUCGGCGAAGUUGCGGCUGAGAAGUCGACGCAUCUGCGGUGUUCGGCCGCAUCGAACAUGGAGAAUAAUAACACUACCUAUCAUCCUGCUCUUAAUUGCUGUAGUGUCAGGUGUGAAGCCCCUUAAUCUUUACUGCUCUGCUGUGGGGAAUUUCUUUGAGAGGUAUAUCCUGCCUAGUAACCAAUUCUGCACUGCUGUGCCUGACACAGAGAACUCUCUUCUCAUGCAAGAUGGCCUGCCCAGGUUCAGAGCAUUCCAUGCUAGCCACGUAGCUCCAGGGAUGCAGAAGUUAGUCCACGACUUUGAGAGGGGUAUUGGGGAUAUUGAACACACAUACAAAGGUUAUACUGCCAGUGAUUUGAGCUGGCCCAAGGUAUCAGACCCCUUGGAGAGGCUUGGUUCCCCUUUGGAGUUUGGCUGGGGUAUGGUGUCACACCUCAACGGCGUCAAGAAUAAUCAGGAGCUCAGGGAAGCAUACCAACAAGCUCAGCCAUCAGUUGUCAUGGUUUCCAGCAAGCUCGCACAGAGCGAAACCAUCUAUAAUGCUAUGAAGGAGCUGUUACAGCAUGCAGAUAGCAUGAACUUUGACACUCCACAGCAUAGAAUACUAGAAUCAGCAGUCAGACAAGCCAAGCAAGGUGGAGUCGAGCUGACAGGCAAAGACAAAGAGACAUUUAAUCAGAUCAGGCUACAGUUAGCCAAGCUAAGCAAUGACUUUAGCAACAAUGUUCUUGAUGCUACCAAGGCGUUCAGCUUAGAUCUCAAUGAUGAGAAGGAUGUAGAAGGUUUACCUGCUUCUCUCAGACAACUCAUGGCUGUUUCAGCUGCCUCUCCUGGGUCUCAACAGGUAGACCCAGAUCAAGGUCCAUGGAAGUUGACCCUUGACCUUCCAUGUUUUGAGCCGUUCAUGAAGCACAGCAGACGUCGUGACCUGAGAGAGAUAGUCUAUAGAGCUUAUGUGACCAGGGCCUCCAGUGAGAGUCAUAACAAUAGUGGCAUCAUAGAAGAUAUAAGAAGACUCAGAAGAGAGAUCUCUGCAUUGCUCGGUUACAAGGAUUUUGCUGCCCUCUCUCUUGAAUCUAAGAUGGCUGGGCAAGCAGAGAAUGUGUGGAAACUCAUCCAUAACCUGAGAGACAGGAGCAAGGAAGCAGCAAAAAGGGAGUUGUCUGAGCUGCAGUCUUUUGCAUCUUCUAAUGGUUUCACAGAAGACCUGAAUCUGUGGGAUCUCUCAUUCUGGGCAGAGAGACAGAGGGAACAUCUCUUCAGCUUUAACGAUGAGGAUUUGAGGCCCUACUUCCCACUCCCCAAGGUAUUAGAAGGGCUCUUCAAUCUGACUUCAUUCUUGUUCUCUGUCCAGAUACAGCAUACAGCAGAUGGUGAAGUUGAGAAAUGGCAUGACGAUGUGCAGUUCUACAAGAUUUUCAGUAACAAUGGAGAGCACAUAGCAUCGUUCUACCUGGAUCCAUAUUCCAGACCUGCAGAAAAGAGAGGAGGGGCUUGGAUGGACCAAUGUCAAGGUAGGAGUGAACUACUAGGAACGAAGCCUGUGGCAUACCUGGUAUGCAACCAAACUCCACCUCAGAAAGACAAGCCUUCGUUGAUGACAUUCAGAGAAGUUGAAACACUCUUCCAUGAGUUUGGACAUGGUCUUCAGCACAUGCUAACACAAGUACCCUAUGCAUCAGCAGCAGGAAUCAACAAUGUUGAGUGGGAUGCAGUAGAACUACCCUCACAGUUCAUGGAGAACUGGCUCUAUGACCCUGAGACCAUCGGUGUGGUCAGCAGUCACUACCAGACCGGAGAGAGGCUACCAGAUACUCUCUUCCAACAAGUCCUUAAAGCUCGAAAGUACAUGGCAGGAUCUGCAAUGCUGAGGCAGCUCUACUUCUCUGCUCUGGAUCUAGAGCUACAUACAAGUGAUGACCCUUGGCUUGAUGUAAUGUCCAGAAUAGCAGAUGAAUACACCGUCAUCAAACCUCUACAGGAGGAUCGUUUUCCAUGUUCAUUCCAGCAUAUCUUCUCUUCUGGAUAUGCAGCUGGCUACUAUUCUUAUAAAUGGGCAGAGGUGAUGGCAGCAGACGCGUUCAGUGCAUUUGAAGAUGUGGGUCUGAGUAACAGGGAAGAGGUAGCCAAAGUGGGAACAAGAUUCCGGGACACCGUUCUAGGAAUGGGAGGUGGCACUCAUCCUCGGGAUGUCUUCAGAGAGUUCAGAGGUCGGGAUGCAGAGGUCGGGCCUCUCCUGAGAACCUAUGGACUUGCUUGAGGAUAAAUGAAGAUGUUGUAAAGAGGAAUUCUUCAACCAAAGAUCGGCCUGAACGCUUCGUUUGAAGGGACGUGUCUUUAAAAAAACAUGAAUUGUAGCGACUCUACUUGUUUCUGUUUGAGGCACAAAAUGUUUGAUGGCUAGAAUAUUGAAGCUAACUGUAGCACAACAGUUAUGAGCUACAUGUGAUGAAGAAACCUUGCGUUCUCUGCAGGCAGAGCAUGAAAGCAUUGAUCAACAUAAUAACAACAUUGCAUAAUAUUUUAUUCACCUCACAUAUUUAAAGUAAAUCAACAAUUUUAUACUGAUAUUCAUUCAUGAUGUCUUUCAUCUAAGAAAGAAAUUGAAAUUGAUAAUAAUAAUAAUAAUAUGCCUUGUUUACCCAGGGUAGCCUCAUCAGUAUUCAUACUGUUCUCCCUGAGGGCCCUGCAAUCAUAUUAUUACCCCAGUCAUCUGAUUCAGGCUUACCCGCACACAAUGUAUGCACAUUCUCCACUCCCUGGGGAUCUUGAAUAACCCAAACUGUCAGGCUUAUUGGUGGACUAUGAACUUUUUUCAAGUGAUGUAAUCAUGAAAACAUAAUUAUGCUCCAAUUGUCUGCUCCAUCAGCCCUUGUGGCAUGAGGCUUUGGUCUGUUAAUCAGACUUGGGCCCUAUUUAAUGAACAGUUGUGAACGAUUCAAAUUGAUUGCAACAUGAUAUCAAUUGCAAGGAUUUACUAGAUAGGAGUUUGUGAAUAAAUCCAGAGCCCUGGUCAAUGAAAUGACCUUGAAGAUUUCAUUCUGUAUUAUAAUGAGUCUUCAAUACGACAACUCGAUCUUCUAGGUACAUGGAGUUGUGCACAGUAUAGGAGAAUUCUUCUUCUUUUUUUUUCAUAUUUUUUUUCUCAUAUUUAUAACAAUUUAUUCCAUUACGAUCUUUAACUACCCCUGGCUCAGGAUGAGGACUAUAGCUACAUGGGUCAAGCUUGCUAUCCAUAAGGACCAUUAUUCAUAAGGACCGCUAUCCAUAAGGACCGUUAUUUAUAAGGACCGUUAUUCAUAAAAAACGCUAUCCAUAAUGUGUGACUAAAUGAAUAGUGGUCUUUUAUAAAUAGUGGUCCUUAUAAAUAGCAAGCAGACCCAAGCUACAUUUAGUAGGCUGAGAUGUUCAUGCGAGGAAUAAAACAUAGAUAAGAGUAAAUUUGAGUUAAACUCAUGACCUGUAAUUGAUGAGCAUCAUCACAAAGAGCAUCAUUUACAACAGAUGUGAAUGGAUUGUCUUUUUAAUUAACUUCACUCUAAGAAGCAUUAGCCUUUGCAGGCCUGAUAAUAACCUGAUUUAAAUUGGUUUCCCGGGUGUUUUUUCUUAUCUUCCCCAAUGUUUUUGCUUGUUUUUCUUCUUCCCGAUUUGAUCCCUAUUUCCCCCCUAUUUUCCCCUAUUUUUCCCAAUUUUCUUACUCAAGAGGGGGGGGGGGGGGGGGGGGGGGGGGGGCGUUCACAUAUUAAACAAAUGGACUUUUACUCCUAAAUCUUAUAUGAACUUAUUCUACCAGAUACUCACGAUUUCAAUUGAAUUCUAGCUAUCAGAUUAUGUUUCAUGAUUAAUACUUCAGUUUGAUUUAAUGUUGUCUGUCGAAGAUGAAAUGAGGAAAUACAUGAUAUUUUUAUUUCCUUAAAAAUUUGUCAAGCCUCCUCUUUAUACCUAGUUGAUUAUCAUGAUUUGUGAUUUGAAUAUUUUGGAUUUAAAAAAAUAAUUGAUGGCUGUUUGAUUGAUUUAAUGAUGUAUUCAUCAUGGUAUGAUUAAAAUGAUUUGAUUUAUUACGAUUGA